UCGUUACUGUUAAUCUUUCCGUUUAUUGUGCUCAUGUUACUAUAUCAAUAUUUGUCUUAGAAAUAAAUUAUUAAAAUCGUUCGUUUAUUUGUGUAUCAAAAAAGUAGAUUUGGCGGGAGCUAAACGGCUCUGAUAUGUGACAAAAAUAUCACUAUAUCAACAUAUUACCAAUUUGACGUAACAAUAGCUGUAUUGUUAGAUUAAAUUUGCAUAUAGCUUUGUAAGACAAAUAUACUUCAGACGGCAUCAGGUGCAUUUAGUUAAUGCAGCGCAUAAAUUUCUUACAUUGCUAUUUUUUAAAAGUUUGAAUAUUACUUUUAUAAUUAUUAACGCAUCUGACGUUACCUUCCGUGUUGAACAACCGAAAGCCAUUAAUGAAGUGCCAGAAGCAAUUGGAUAUACGACUGUGAUGACUGCACAAAUGAAACAAAAAGAAGAAAUGAAGAAUAAUAAUUCCUCAAGUCAGCACAAAAUAGUAUUUCUUCCAGAAAGCUUGCUGAAUGGAAGUAUAGAGAGAGAGAAGGACAUCUCAUUUGUGACACUCAGACAUCCUCAGACAGGGUCAGGAGCCUUGUUUGGAUUUGGUCCCUCUGAUACUUCAGUAUAUGAAGUGACACAGUUUUCUGAAGAAUACAGAUCUUGGUUCAUAGGAGAGUCUGUAGAACAAGAUGGAAUCUUGUUCAUGAUGACCCCUUUUGAUCCCUUGUUUCUUCUCUUACCUUAUCUCAAGCAGUUUCAUAACUUAAUUUUUUCAGAAGUUGGAGGUCUCAGAGUUUUUCGAUAUAAUGCCAACAAGGUUUUGAUGUGGCUUGAACAAAAAGUAGAAAAUUUAUUAAGAGAACUGAAAAGACAAAAUAUUUGUGUGUCUGGAGGAUCAAGGGUGGCUACAUUUAUCCCAAGCAACAAGGAGAUGACCCCUUCUAAUGAAAUGUACCUUCAGUAUGUAUAUGAACUACUUACUGAGUACCUCUCUGAAGAUCUUGGCCUUGAACUCAAGUCUCAUUUAGGCUUGGAGACUAAUAAGGCUGAAGAAAGCUCAGCAUGUUCAACAGAAGAGCCACCACAGAAGCGUGCUAAACUGAAUGAUGCUGUAGAACCUGAAGAAGAUUACAGUGUGGCUGUGACUUUAGAAAGCAAGACAAAGACCAAGGAAUCUAAGUUAACAACUUCACAGAAACGAUUGAUGAAGGCAGAUAAGACAGGAAUGAAAAACAUACAAUCCUUCUUCAAGAAGAAGAUCAACUAAAAGUUAAACUUGUAUGAUUGAACUUUUUAGGUUUUUCCAGAUAAUUGUAAAAAUUAUCACAUCAAGGAAUAGAUUUGUUUGUUUAAUAAACAGUUAAAAAAGCAUA